CUCCAACCGGCCUUGGGCAUGAAGGCUAUCGGCAUCCUGGCCCUGAUGGGCUGUGUGGCCACGGUCAUCGAGGCCAAAAUCUACACUCGCUGUAAACUGGCUAAAAUAUUUUCGAGAGCCGGCCUGGACAAUUACCAAGGUUUCAGCCUUGGAAACUGGAUCUGCCUGGCAUAUUAUGAGAGUCACUACAACACCACAGCCCAGACAGUCCUAGAGGAUGGAAGUAUCGACUACGGCAUCUUCCAGAUAAACAGCUUUACCUGGUGCCGAAGUGGCAAACUGCAGCAGAAGAACCACUGCCAUGUCGCCUGCUCAGCCUUGAUCACCGACGACCUCACAGAUGCAAUUAUCUGUGCCAAGAAAAUCGUGAAAGAGACCGAGGGGAUGAACUACUGGCAAGGCUGGAAGCAAUACUGUGAAGGCAAAGACCUGUCCGAAUGGAAAAAGGGAUGUGAGGUUUCAUGAGCUGAAACAGCCAAGGGCAUUUUUCAACGGCUCCCUGGGAU